UCUCAAACCCACCCCGUGGCCCUUCUCUCCCGGUUCCUCUCGAAACCUGGUCCAGGCACCACGCCCCCUUCUCACUGACUAGUGGCUGCUCCUUUUGAUGUCCUGGCUCGCCCUUUUGGUGACCUUUGACCCUAGACUUAGUGGGUUGAUCGGCGCUUGGAUCUGUGACCUUUCAUCCCGUGGCCCAAUAUGUGGUCCCAACCAAAGGAUGUGGUUGACCGGGCUUCCCCACAAUAACCUUAAGGGAGGAGGGAAUGUACCACAUUGAAAGGAGGUGUGGCAAAAGUUUGGGUUCCAGAGGGGUGGGGUGGAAAAUCAGAGUGGAAGACUCCAAAUGUUGAUCUGCAGCAGCAAAUUAUGACCAUUGUAGAUGAAUUGGGCAAGGCUUCUGCCAAGGCCCAGCAUCUUCCUGCUCCCAUCACCAGUGCAUCGAGGAUGCAGAGUAACCGCCAUGUGAUGUAUGUGCUCAAAGACACUUCAGCUCGACCGGCUGGAAAAGGAGCCAUUAUUGGGUUCCUCAAAGUUGGAUAUAAGAAACUCUUUGUACUGGAUGAUCGUGAGGCUCACAAUGAGGUAGAACCGCUUUGCAUCCUGGACUUUUACAUCCAUGAGUCAGUUCAGCGCCAUGGCCAUGGGCGAGAACUCUUCCAGUAUAUGUUGCAGAAGGAGCGAGUUGAACCACACCAACUGGCCAUUGACCGACCCUCACAGAAGCUGCUGAAGUUCCUGAAUAAACACUACAACCUGGAGACCACAGUCCCACAGGUGAACAACUUUGUGAUCUUCGAAGGCUUCUUUGCCCAUCAGCAUCGGGCCCCUGCUCCCUCUCUGAGGGCAACUCGACACUCCCGUGCUGCUGCAGUCGAUCCUCUGCCCGCUGCUCCAGCAAGGAAGCUGCCACCCAAGAGAGCAGAGGGAGACAUUAAGCCAUACUCCUCUAGUGACCGAGAAUUUCUGAAAGUAGCUGUGGAGCCUCCUUGGCCCCUAAACAGGGCCCCUCGUCGUGCUACACCUCCAGCCCACCCACCCCCCCGCUCCAGCAGCCUGGGAAACUCGCCAGAACGGGGCCCCCUCCGCCCCUUUGUGCCAGAGCAGGAGCUGCUGCGUUCCCUGCGCCUCUGCCCCCCACACCCUACCGCCCGCCUUCUGCUGGCUACUGACCCUGGGGGCAGCCCAGCCCAACGUCGCCGCACCAGGGGGAGUCCCCCAGGGCUGGUAGCCCAAAGCUGCUGCUACAGCCGCCAUGGGGGGUUGAAUUCUUCAUUCCCCAACACAGGUCUGCCAGUGAGGAGCACGUCUUGUCACAGGAUGGGUCUGGGGAGGAACCCACGCACACAGUUCCGCCACAGGCCCAGGCCCCACCAGCCCAGUCCUGGACAAUGGGUGGGGACAUGUUCAACGCAAGGUUCAUUCGAAACUUGCAGGAACGUCGCAGCACUAGGCCUUGGUGACGGCAGCCCCCUCUCACACCUUCAAAGUAUUAUUUCUCUCGCUACAGGAGAUAACCAAAGCCGGCCCUCAUAAUGGAUGUAUUCAUUCAUUCAUUCAACAGG